CAGAGCCUGCACCAAAAGCCUCAGGCUAGGGUUAGGUUUCAAGUUCUUGUCCUGUCCUGAACUGUGAUAAUGAUUGAAAUGCUCUUCGGGUUCCAUUUCUGAAAUGCUUCCUGAUCCAAAGAAUCUCCCCUGGAGCUCCAUUCAGUGCUUCUUGACCUUGGUUGACUGUUAAGAUCUGAGUGUUCUUUCUCCUGGACAAAAGACUAACCAUUUGUGGGCAUCAUCCCUGAAACCAUAUUCUUUUUAAGGACUGGAAACGAAGAAAGCAUCUACCUAGCACCAUGUCAGCAGGGCGAGCAGGUGCCCAGAUUAAGAGCUUUGAAGCUUGGGAUUAUGUUGUUUUUGCUGCUCUUUUUGUAAUUUCUUCAGGAAUUGGAGUGUUCUUUGCCAUAAAAGAAAGGAAGAAGGUGACUUCCAGGGAGUUUUUAGUGGGGGGCAAGCAAAUGAAUGGUGGUCCAGUGGCUUUGUCCUUGACUGCUAGCUUCAUGUCAGCAGUCACUGUCCUGGGGACUCCGGCAGAGAUCUAUCGUUUUGGGGCACCCUUCCUGCUUUUCUUCAUACCAUAUACAUUUGUCAUCAUCUUUACUUCUGAGCUCUUUCUGCCAGUUUUCUACAGGUCUGGGAUUACCAGCACUUAUGAGUAUUUACAGCUAAGAUUUAACAAGGUGGUCCGGUUUGCUGCUACAAUUAUUUACAUAGUACAGACGAUCCUCUAUACUGGAGUGGUGAUUUAUGCUCCUGCUUUGGCGCUCAACCAAGUAACUGGUUUUGAUCUCUGGGGAUCUGUGUUUGCCACAGGAAUCGUCUGCACCUUCUACUGCACUCUGGGAGGAUUAAAAGCAGUUGUGUGGACAGAUGCAUUUCAAAUGGUCAUCAUGAUGAUAGGGUUCUUGACGGUUCUUAUACAAGGAACAGCACGUGCUGGCGGAUUACGGAAUGCAUUAGACCAAGCAAAAAAUGGGUCUCGACUUGAAAUAUUUGACUUUGAUGUGGAUCCUUUGAGAAGGCAUACAUUCUGGACAAUUGCUGUUGGAGGAACUUUUACAUGGCUAGGCAUCUACGGUGUUAAUCAGUCCACAAUACAGAGAUGCAUCUCUUGCAAAACAGAAAAGCAUGCCAAGAUUGCUCUUUAUCUUAACUUAGUUGGACUUUGGUUAAUUCUGGCCUGUGCAGUCUUUUCAGGCCUGAUCAUGUAUUCUUACUUCAAGAACUGUGACCCCUGGACUGCUGGCAUCAUCUCAGCACCAGAUCAGCUGAUGCCGUAUUUUGUAAUGGAAAUAUUUGCCUCAAUGCCAGGACUCCCAGGACUAUUUGUCGCAUGUGCCUUCAGCGGAACCCUGAGCACAGUAGCCGCCAGCAUUAAUGCCUUAGCGACGGUGGCUUUUGAGGAUUUUGUCAAGAGCUUCUUUCCCAACCUCUCCGACAGGUGGAGCACCUGGAUCAGUAAAGGCUUAUGCGUGUUAUUUGGAAUUCUCUGUACCUCCAUGGCAGUUGCUGCAUCCUUCAUGGGAAGUGUUGUACAGGCUUCCCUGAGUAUCCAUGGCAUGUGUGGGGGACCCGUGCUUGGCCUUUUCACUUUGGGAAUUGUAUUUCCUUUUGUCAACUGGAAGGGUGCCUUAGGGGGCCUCGUGACUGGAAUCACCUUGUCAUUCUGGGUGACUAUUGGGGGGUUUGUGUUCCCUGCCCAAGCAGCCAAGACCCAUCCUUUGGUUUUAUCAACAGAACAAUGUGUCCAACUGAACAUGACAGAAACAGCACCCACAACGGCUCCUUCAGUGAUUGUUAACAGACCAGCCCUGGCUGAGACUUGGUACUCACUCUCUUACCUUUACUACAGCGCUGUGGGGUGUCUGGGAUGCCUCCUUGCUGGGUUACUUAUCAGCUUUAUAACAGGUCCACAGAAAGGCAAAGAUGUUCAACCACAAUUGAUUCGACCAGUUGGGAAUUUGUUUUGCUUUUGGUCUAAGAAAUACAAGAGGUUAUGCUGGUGUGGAGUUCAACAUGACAGUGAGACAAUUCUUGACAACCUUGAAACCGACACAGCCUGGAAACAAGGAACUGGAUUGGAUGGACUCAAAGAUGGCCAGGACCAUCUCCCUGGCUAUAACCCUGAUGAGAAAAGUUAUACCAAUCUGGCUUCUGAGAAAGUCACCCAUUUCUAGGGACUAAAGUCUGUCUCAUGUCCCGAUGCUUGUUUCUUCACUGCCGUCUGCGACACAGACAUGUCUAUAUAUCUGUAGAGAUAUCCUGCACCUCCUUAAAACUACCAGUCUUGGAGCUAGAUGGCCCAGUUGAUAGAGCACCAGCCCUGGAGUCAGGAGGACCUGAAUUCAAAGCUGGCCUCAAACACAGCUGCAUGACCCUGGGCAAGUCACUUAGCCCCAAUUGCUUCAAAAACAAUCAAACAAGCAAACAAAACUAUCACUCUUGCUUUUGAGAUUCUAGUUGGUUGGUAGAGAAGUAUAGCAAUGCUGCAAAGCAGUACACAUUUCAAAUACAUAUUUAUGUUUAUUUAUGAAUAUAAAUUAUGUAGAUAGGAGACCCUUUUCCCAAGCAGCCUAUGCUUUAGAAGCUACCUUUUUCUGUACCUGCAACUCCCUUCAUGCUCACACCUCAAUUAGAGUUGGUUUGAGGUUCAUCAGAACCCUCAAAAUUGGAAGGAACUUAAAGGCCUCUUGCCCACCGUUCUGAUAAAAUCCUUGACCGGCAGGCACCAAUGCUCAGCUUUGAAGAAUUCCUGUACGAGAGAACUUCUCCGUGAGGCCGUGCAUUCCAUUAUUAGAUGGGUCUCAUUGCUAGCAAUCCUUCCUCUAUAGUAAGAUAAAAUCUGUCCCACCAGCUGAGUGUUACUUCCUUACGACAGCAUGGCACAUAGGAAGGGGGGUGCUGGAUCUGGAGUCAGAGGAUAGGGCCCAAGUCCUGGCUCUACCACUUACCACCUGCGUGACUUUAAGCAAGUCGUUUAACCUCCCUAGGCCUUGGUUUCCUCAUUUGUAAAAAUGAGGGGGUCAGUAUAGACAGUCAUUAAGGUCUAUUCCAACUCCAUGGUAAUGAGUCUAUAACAGCCCAUAUUUUAAGCCUGGAAUCAUGCCUACUCCUAAGAUAUCUCUUCCCCACAGUACACUAUUGCUAAUUUUUUACUACAUAAGGAGUUAGAAUUCAUCUCCUUAAUAUAGUAUUUUCAUUCUUCUUGAUCACUGGAGAGAGAGAAUGUGUGUGUAAAGAGACAGCUCUCAGGUGCUACUGAUUUUAUAAUGAACUAGGGCGAAAACACUCAGAGCCACUGAUCACUAUUGACAGCCCUUUAGCUCUCUUCUCUUCAUUUCUAUGCCAUUUGUCUUGGCCAUGUUAACUAAAACUCAGGAAUCAAAAACGGGGGAAUAUGGAGAAAGUUAUCUUAGUCUUCUUAGUCUAGACAUCUGGGAGAGUUGAAGAUGAUGGAGAGGAAGGUAGAGAUGUAUAUUUAAAUAUGGCAGUUGCUUUUCUAUAGAAAAUGAAUGUUACCAUGAAUAUCAACCUAAGAGAUGAUCUAAUCCAGGGGUGGGGAACCUAAGGCCUCGAGGCCACACGUGGUCCUCUAGGUCCUCAAGGGAGACCCUUUGACUGAAUCCAAACUUCACAUAACAAAUAAUCCAAUGAUCUAAGUUUAUAGGUGAGAGAAAAGAGAACCAGAAUGGUUAAAUCAUGACUAAGGUCACACAGUUGGUUAGUAGCAGAGAGAGAACUAGAACCUAGGUCUCAGGACACCAAAUUAGGCACCCUUCCCUCUAUAACAAAUAAGUCAAACUACUGUAAUCUGCACCAGAUUAAAAUGUAAUUGGGAAAUGUUUAACGAAAAUAAAUGCAGAUACAAUUCAAC